UUUGUUAUUGUAUACAUGUCGCCGCCGUAAAACUAAAGUAGCUGAUGUCCUUGUUUUAGUCAUGUUUUCAGAAAGAACCUAUGUCCGUUUUUAGGUGUGGCUGUUAUUACAAAACAGUUACAAAAAUCAUGAUUACAAAUCUCAAAAUGUGGCAUAAGGUACUUUGAGUCUCUCCCAGCGAUUUAUUUUAAUUUAUUCAGUUGCUGUGUUUUUGACAUUUCAUUCGUAAUCGCAUUAAGUAGCAUCUGCUUUUGGAAGCUUACAAAUGCAGCUGACAAUAUUUGUUUUAUAUGUUGUAAGAGGAUUGACUAAUUCAUUGCUCAUUUAAAUCUAAUUAAGAGUAGAAGUGGGAUGAAUACUGAUUGUGUGGGUUUGAGUAAUGAUUCACUCAACUCUAUAAGCAGUCUGAAAAAUAUUUUGAAAUGCUUAAUAUGUUGUUUGUUUACUUGCUGAAGUCUUUACUGAUUAUUAUUUAUGAAAUUUUAUUAUAAUAUAUUAUAAUAUAACAUUUUACGCAUAAAUAUACGAAAUGUUUUCAAUUUGAAUAUUCAAUGUUGAAAUUCAAUUCACUGCUUUGUCGCAUUUUUACUACAGUAAGUUUAUUCUGGCUUAAAAGGAAUGAGUUCCUGAUUUUCAAAUUAAUAUAGGACAUUGAAUAGUGAAAGUGAAGUGAUCUUUUGUUGAUAUUUAUUUGAUUUGAAUGUACAAAGCAAAUAUCAAAUGAAUGGUUGCUGUUUGGAUAAUGAUAUAUACUUGUAAUAUGGACAUUGAAUAGCUUCAUUCCUCUACGAUCAGUUCAUUUUCUAUUUGUCAAAAGGUUUGUCUAUUUGAAAUGAAACUUAAAAGCAUUUCACAGUUUGUUUUCUAUCCUUUCCAUGUUUUUUUAAUUUUGUUAUUUCUUCUAUAUAAUAAUGUGAAUUAUAAUAAUAAUAAUGCAUUUUAUUGAUGGCCGAUCUUGUAUUAUUGUAAAACAUAUUACUGUAAUUCGAUUUCAUAUUCUCCACUAUUAUGGAAAAAUUUUCAAACUAAGUUGAGUCUCGUUUGUUAAUUUGUUCUUCUUUUAAAAAUAAUUCUAUGAAUCUUUAUAUCAUUUCUAACAAUUAUACACUGUAUUAAAAAUGCAUCUGUAAAUGUUGUUGAAGUUUUUGUUGUGAAAAGUGGCAACGUACUAUCUGGAUACUAUUAAUGGUUGUGAUAGACACUUAUUCUAGCAAGUAUUCAUUCAGAUAAUGGAUUAAUUUAUCCAUUUAGCAUUUCCAACUUUUUAAAAAUAGUAUCUUUCAGUAUUUCAUUCAUAACCCACUUAUUUGUGUGCUUUUACCUUUGCUUUGAGCAAGUUUUCUUGAAGAAGCAUAUAAUAGCAAUUGGCAGACAACAUGUGUUUAUGCAGGUUACUUUUUUGUUCCUAUCUAUUCUAUUCCUAUGCUUCAAGUUCAAAUUUUAUCAUUGAGUUUAAUAACAAUUUCAAAUUACUGUAUGUCUCUGUGUACAAUGUUCUUAAUUUUAUUCAUUUGUUUUGUAAUCAGAUGCACUUUAUAAUGUUUACCUGUCAUUGAUUAUAUUCAUUUAUUAUUUCAGUAUAGUUUGCUAAUGCUCGCUCCAGGAUUCUACCAUGUUUGCCUGGGGUGAGAAUGCUGUCGGUAAAUUCUAUGAAUUAGGCCAUGAACUUACAAGACCUGAACGUGUGCCUGCCUCAAACUGGGAGAAUAUUAAAUUUUUGGCAGUUUCUGACUGUCAGUGUUGCAUUCUUCUUAAUGAUGGUUCUGUUCACACAUUUGGAAAUUCAGAUUCCAGUACCAAAGUCACAGCUUUAGAAACAUUCAACAUUGUUGAUAUAUUUUCUGGUGGUGAUCAUGUGUUUGCUGUUAGUGACAGAGGGCAAGUAUAUGGCUGGGGAGAAAAUCAACAUGGACAGCUUGGCCUGGAGGAUUCUUCAUCAAACAAUUUACUUGUAAAGGUGCCUAAGAGCAUCAAAUUUUUGCAAUCUAGGAGAGUGGUCCAGAUUUCAUGUGGCAAAUUUCAUUCAUUAAUGUUGCUUCACGAUGGAACAAUUUAUUCUAUGGGCGACAAUGAAUAUGGUCAACUAGGAAUUGGGAGUUAUUCUCCAUCCUCACAGCCCUAUGAAAUAGUUUCACUACGUGGCCUACCAAUUGGACAGGUGGCUGCUAGUGGCUGGCAUUCAUUUUGUGUAACAGUAUCAGGUCGUGUUUUUUGUUGGGGCAGAAAUGACUGCGGACAAUUGGGAUUGGGUGAUCGGGCUAAUCGAACAAGCCCAUGUCUUCUUCGAAUGCUCAGAUCACAAGAAGUUAUGUUUGUGGCAGCUGGUGAUUUCCAUAGUGCCGUUUUGACAAAAGAUGGCGGUGUUUUUACAUUUGGUUCAUCUUCCAAAGGACAACUUGGCCAUGGAACCAUAUCUGAAUUUGAAGUCAAUCCUAGAAAAGUAUUCGAACUAAUGGGGAGUGUUGUUACACAAGUGGCAUGUGGUCAACUACACACUAUUGCAUUCGUUCCUGAUUCUGGAAACGUGUUUGCCUGUGGCAGUGGAAUCAAGGGACAGCUUGGUAUUGGUGAUAAACUAGAAUGUGUCAAAGUGCCAACCAUUGUGAAAGGACCUUGGUGUGAUCGGAAUACCUCACAGAAUAAUGCACAUCAAUAUCCUGGAGUAUCACUUUAUAACAUUAAGGAAAUUGCUGCCAAUGGUAAUCAAAGUUUUGUAUUAAUGUGUUCUAAACAAAAUGAAUCAGCACUUGAUUUCCGAGAAGUAUUGAAGCAUCGGAGAAUAUGGACAUUAAAUAGCGAACUUUGUGAAAGAGUAUCACAAUUGGGUAAUGAUACACAAGUACCAGCCGAUAUCAUAAAUCAGUUGGAGUGUGUUAUGAGUUCUCAAGGUUGCUUGAAUGCGUCAUUUCUUUCAUCUGAUCAUCAUCAAACUAGUACCAAAUAUCCCGGUAUUAAUAUGAUGAGCGCAAGACUUUUAUUUGCAAAAAUAACCCAAUGUAAAAAUAAAAGAGUGCUACAAAAAAUUGAAUCAUUUAUAAGCUCCAAACUUCUGCCACUAUUGCCAUCUAAUCCACCUGAUAUUGAAGCACUUAGAUUGUAUCUUUCAUUGCCGGAACUACCACUUUUACAUGAACCUGAAUGUUAUGAUAGUCUACUGUUUCCGUUUGUGCAACAACUUUUGCUUCUUGCGGAGAAUCCAUCAAAAAUUCUUGACCAAUGGUACAGAUCAUUAGAUCCUGUACAUUUUAUGACCCCGAUCAGUAUGUGCCAAAAGUGUAUUGUUGCAACUAUCAGAAUCGGACUACCUCCAGAUAUUGUAAAACCGAAGGUGCUUUUGUUGCUCAACUUUCUUUCAAAGUUGAAUAAGGUAAACAAUAUUUGUGAUAUUGCUAUUGUUAAUUUUCAAAAAUUUUAUAUACCUGAAUUGAAUGAUCUUAUUCCUCUUGAAGCUGACUAUCAACAAUGGGCACGAAAUCGUGGUACAGACUUCAGUUUUUGUCGAUAUCCAUUUGUCUUUAACUCAAAAGCCAAAACCAUUUUAUUGCAACUUGAUGCACGUUUUCAAAUGCAUGAAGCAUACCUACAUGCUAGGGGUCAGAAUAUGGCUGCAUUUUUAGGGCUUGAUUCAGGUUAUCUUGAACCACCUGUUAUAGAAAUUCAUGUAAGAAGACAGAGGCUUGUCGAAGAUGCAAUUCACAACAUUCGUUCCAUAGGAAAUUUAAAAAGGCCCUUUACUGUGAAGUUUGAAGGUGAAGAGGGCCAAGAUGCGGGAGGAGUGAGAAAAGAAUUCUUUAUGCUCAUUUUACAAGAAGUAUUAAAUCCUAAAUAUGGAAUGUUUCGUCAUUUUAAAGAUUCAAACCUAAUAUGGUUUACAGACUAUGAAAUUGAAACAGAUGAAACUUAUUUGCUAAUCGGUACAAUAUGUGGGUUAGCGAUAUAUAAUAGCACAAUCAUAGACUUGAAUUUUCCUUUAGCAUUAUACAAGAAAUUGCUUGGCUUUCAACCUACACUAGCAGAUCUCAGUGAACUUGAGCCAAUGGUUGGUAGUGGCAUGCAACAGUUAUUGAAUUUCAUGGAAGAGGAUGGAGACACUGUGGAAGAAACAUUUGGUCUUGAUUUCACUGUUCCUCGAGAGUUAUUUGGGGAGGUUACUCAUGUCGAUUUGAUAGAAAAUGGUUCUUCAGUUGCAGUGACUGCUGAAAACAGAUCACAUUAUGUUAGUGCAUACAUGAAUUAUAUUUUUAAUGAUUCGAUCAGAUCUCCUUUUGAAUGGUUCAGCAAAGGUUUUCAUAAAGUAUGUGGCGGUGAAGUAAUGAACCUCUUCAGACCAGAAGAACUGAUGGAAAUGGUUGUUGGAAAUCAGAAUUACAAUUGGGAAGAAUUACAGAAGAAGACCCAAUACAAGGGUGAAUACUAUCACAAUCAUCAAGUUAUAAUCUGGUUUUGGCAAGUUUUUCAUUCCCUCACAAAUGAUGAAAAGAAAGAUUUUGUUCGGUUUCUGACUGGUUACAAUAAAAUUCCAAUCAAUGGCCUUGAGAUUAUAAUACAGCCGAUGCCAUUUGGUGAUGACUAUCUUCCAGUAGCUCACACUUGCUUCAAUGUCCUUGAUUUACCGAGAUACUCGAGCAAGGAGGCCUUAGAAACCAAACUAAGAGUAGCGAUAAGGAGUCAAGGAUUUUACUUGGCAUGAAUAAAGUUCAGUGUUACAUUGUCUAUUUUUACAUUUUUUGUAGUAUUCAUUGUCUGUACUUUAUGAUUCUGUUACCAUAUCUGUUACUGGUGUUAUUUAAUCGAACAUAAGGAAGCACAAAAACCUUCUUGAUUAUCUUAACUUCGAUCAGGAAUAAUGUCUAGGACAGUGCUUUUCAGCCUUUCAUCCUUGUGAUAUGCUAUUAGGCUCAUUACAGAACUCACAUUGAGAAAUAUUCGAAAAUACUCAUAAGUGUAUGAGAAACCAAAUAUUUCCACUACAACAAGAACAAUGAAAGGUUACUAUAAAAAAUGAAAUUUAAUAACACUCCCGCUAUUGCAUUUCUAUCACAAAUCGUGGCCCCAUGUUGCUCAAUGAAAUCUUUACUCAAAUAUCCACACUACUCAAGCGACUUAAUAGUUAUUGAAGCAAAAAAUACUGUUUCAUACAAAUAAGUAUUGAAAAAACGACAAAAUCCACACAAAUGGAAAUUCUCAACAAACCAUGUAGGGUAGAACGAAUAAAACUUACGGAAUAUCAAUAAGUGUAUUGCGGAAUACUAGAGUUACUAAGGUUUAGUGGAACCCCAUUUGAAAUGCACUGUUUUAGGAUAUAGGUGGAACAACACACUCCAUUAUAUAUAGACUGCACCUCACAGAGAGACUUUUUCUUGUUAGAGAAUUAUUUAUCUCUUUUACUUAUUUAUCUCUUUUACUUAGUUUCAAAUGAAAGUUUAAGUUUACAUUUCGAGUUAUUUGGACAUUCGGACAUAUAUUUUUCUUCCUACCUUUCGGGGUACACUAUAAGUUUAGCAUAAUACACUGUUGCGAACAGUUGAUAAUUAAUUCUACUAUACCAUUUUUAGUAAAAUAUAUUUAAAGCAGGAAAAAAGUAUUUAAAUGCUUGAUUACAUUCGAAAUAUUUAUAUAUAUAUACUGAAUAUAGUAAAUUCUUAAUUUAGGAAUAAUUUAAAAUAUUUUUUUUUAUGAAAAUAUUGUCAUAGCUUACAGCAUGUGGUGACUAUCGACUAUUAUGCUUAUGACACUGUAAAAAAUGAUGACAAUGUUUAUCUUACCAUUCCGCGUUACUUAAAUAAUUAAUACAAAUUUACUUUAAUUUCUGCAUAUUUUUCUAUCGUAUUGAACCUAGUUACACCUAGAAUACAUUCAAUAUUCGAAAAUAUUACUUAACAAGGUAUCCAUCUGGCCAUCCCAAAUUUGAAGUUUGUCAACGUCCGUACUCCGUAAUAAAUUUUAGUUGAAGCACUCAAUGAGUUUCAGUCUUUAGUUGUGGUAUUUCAUAUAAGCUCAGAGACAACAUUGUUAGUGAAUAAUUGUUGU